AUGUCUUCUUGGUCAAUUGCUUUCAAUUUCAAUCUAGGUGGAACCAUUCUCGAAGCAAUCACAACGAUCCCCGCAGAAAGAGCAGCCAUGCAACAGAAUCUUGCCAUCAGGGAAGUGGCAGCUGGUACCUUGACUUGUGUCAAGAAUGAUGAUGAAGUUGCAACUAGCAUUGAUCUCAUAUGCAUAUGCAAUGGCUUAGAUUACUCCGUAGAUGAGAGUGGAAAGUUUGCCAUCUCACUCGAUUGUGUGGAGAAUCAGGCAGGAAACUUUUUCUGUGUAUCUGGAGAUGAUUUCUCUAAUGGAGGUAGCUCUCCUAACCAAAAGAACCGUGAUGGCAUUCCAAAGAUCACCAACCUAAACGCAACCAGCCAAGCAUCUUUUAAAACACGUCGAGGUUUUAGCUUCAUUGGGGGACUAUACGAAUUCUUUACUGGUGGCAGUAAUAAAUGCGAUAAAUCCUUUGAGAAACGCGACUUGAGCUUUUCAACCAGAUCUCGUCAGUACACAGACCAGUGA